AGAGUGUCUUUUGGCUGCAAAGAUUCCUUGGUAGAGACAUGGAUCAUAGAUGACGCAGACGUGACCAGAAAGAAGUGUGGUGACGUCAGAGAGAUUUGGAGCGGAUUCUACGACGACGACGACGACGACACGAUGACGUCGGCAAGUGACAUUGUGGUGGCCUCCACGAAAUCAACCAAUCAGAAGAUGGCAGACAAACACGUGACAAUCGGAGACUCUACGUUCGUGGUCAUGACCCCGGAGGACAACUCAGCUGGGUCCAGCCCCAACGGGGUUCAAACCGCGCAGCUCCAAAGCAACCACAACCACCACCAUCACGCCGACGAUGACUCAACCACCACCUCCUCCGCCACCAUUGUCACCGCCAACAACACCACCACCACCACUACAGCAACCACAACCACAACCACCAGCACCAGCAACAACGGCAACAACAGCAGCGACAACAGCGCCGUCAUCGCGCCCAGCACGCACGAGCAGCACACAAGCUCCAGCCAUGGAGCCUCUGACACGGAGACACACGAGCCCAGAAAGGACGUGGCUUCAUCACAGCGCCGGCGCUCUGCCCUAGAGGAGUAUUACGACGUGUUAAACCCACAGCCCAAGGACCAGAG